AUGUCCGUCCUGUCCAAUGGAUUGAGCGUCGCUUCUCAAACGAUGCCGGGAUUGAUGACUUCCACCAUCUCAUUGUGGGUCGACGCUGGAUCUAGAGCGGACAAAAUGUCUUCGAGCGGUGCGGCGCACUUUUUAGAGCACCUCAUGUUCAAAGGCACAAAGAGCCGGGACCAGUACACAAUGGAAUACGAGAUUGAGGAUAUGGGAGCCGAGCUCAACGCCUACACAUCAAGAGAACAGACUUGCUUCCAGUCUCACUGCUUUGACGAAUGUGCACCGAAAAUGGUCGAAAUCCUAGCCGACAUUACCCAGAACCAAAAGCUCGAUGAGGGAGCUAUCGAGAGAGAAAAGGAUGUCAUCCUCAGGGAGGCAGAGGACGUCGCUCAGAACCACACUGAGACUUUGUUCGACCACCUCCACGCUGUCGCUUACCAGAACCAACCCCUGGGAAACACCAUUCUCGGCCCUGAAAGCCACAUUCGAAAGAUGACCAAGCGCGAUCUCGAGUCUUACGUCGCCGACAAUUACACUGCGGACCGAAUGUGUCUGGUCGGAGCCGGUGGAAUCGAGCACGAGACCUUGAUUGAAUUGGCUGAGAAGCACUUUGCCAACGUCAAGACUUCUCCGAAUCCUAUCGCUCUCGGUGACAUGCGCCGGACCCCAAGCUCUUUCACUGGUGCUGAAGUCCGCGUCCGAGAUGACACCAUGAAUCAGCUUCACCUCGCUAUUGCCGUCGAGGCUGUCGGAUGGAGGCAUCCCGACUACUGGCCAUUGCAAGUGAUGGCUGCUAUCCUCGGAAACUGGGAUCGAGGUCUCGGAGCUUCCCCACUGUUGUCUUCCAAACUCAGUCACCUCAUCCAGACCAACGGUCUUGCCAACUCGUACCAACACUUUUUCACUGCUUACGCCGACACUGGUCUCUGGGGCAUCAACAUGAUCACCGAGUCAUUUGACCGUGUCGAUGAUAUGGUUCACUUCACCCUGAAGGAAUGGACACGGAUGUCAUUAUCACCAACGACCUCGGAAGUUGAGCGUGCCAAGUCUCAGACCAAGGCUGCUCAGCUGUUGUCAUUGGACGGAACAUUGGCCAUCUCAGAGGACAUUGGACGACAAAUGCUGACACUUGGACGACGACUUGCACCAAGGGAGAUUGAACGAAACAUUGAAAACGUCACUGAGGAGGACAUUAAGCGGGUCGCCCAAAGAUAUCUGUGGGACAAAGAUAUCGCCAUUGCAGCGCUCGGUCAGACCGAAGGUUUGUUGGACUACAACCGAAUCCGUGCAGACAUGUCGUCGAUGAUUGCUUAG